AUGAAUUCGGCCAACUAUCCUCUGGCUUAUCGGGCCCUUCACUCCCGCUACCAGAAUCCCCGGCGUCUGGCAGAUCUUUACGUGAACCAGAUUUUAGAGUCCCGGCCAGCAUUUCUGUCUUCUUUGCCACAAUUGAAGUGGUUCAUCACAACCCAUCAGAACGCCAUAAAUGCAAUCAAGGCGCUGCCAAUAUCAGAUCUGGCAGACUAUCUUCUGUUAUCCAUGUCAUUACGUAACCUCGAUGAAGCAUCUCGCCAGUUGUUCGAAGGGCAGUUAUCCUCUGAUGAUUUUCCCACUCUCGUUCAGCUGACCGAAUUCAUCAAUCGACAGUUGCGAGUGUUGGAAAGUUCUACCCUCACCUCGUCCCGAUCGUCUGCGCCCAGGAGAUCGUCAAGACCUCAAUCACCAGCGGCCUCAACGUCUGUUCCUCUAUCGUCUGCUCAAUCAUCCCCUGGUCCAUCCGCUCGCCCCCAUGCAUAUGCUGGAGUACGCCCCUCUGCUUCAUCUAGUUCGUCCUCAGCCUGUGUGUAUUGCUCCGCGAAUCACUCUAUUCGCCAGUGUCGAGAAUUCAAGGCCAUGAACAUCCACCAGAGGCGAGCUUUCGUGACUGAAAGGCAAUUGUGUAGAAACUGCAUGUCGGUUUUCCAUGGUACUGUUGCGUGCAGUUCGGAUCAGUGUUGUCACACGUGCGGGCGACGACAUCACACGAUCCUUCACUUGGCACCUACCACCUCGCCCCUUUCAGCUUCCCACACCUCGACGGAAGAGACCCCUCCCUCGACGGACCAAUGUUCUUCUUUGCCUCCUGCCGGGUCUAGGUCUCCAAUUCGCGCUGUCAUCUCUCGGGGCACUUCAGUCAGGGGUAGAUAUCGCGAGACUUCUAGGUCAUCUGGUUCUGCAUCGUCUCGAGCGUCCCUCGCUCCUCCGUCUCGUCACUCUUGCUCCACCUCCGGAAGCUGUACCUAUUGA